AUGAAUUUUGAUGAUUUUCUUGGAAAGCACCGUAAAUCUGAACCUAGGGUGGUUCUUAUAAUGCGUAUAUUCACGUUAAUUAUAAUUUCAACUUGUUUAAUUGCAUACAGCAUCUUUUUAAUCAAAGAAGUAAUAAGUGAAAUUCCUGCGAUUAAAACCUCAGAAGUUACUGUGGAUACACUUGCAAUCCCUGAUAUCGUGUUUGCGUUUGGCUAUCCUUUUCAAGUUCAGUGUUAUUUUAUAUGGACUAUUAAUGGACGUUAUUCUAGAAAUGAAACCUAUAGUUGUACGCAGUACUUAAAUAUUCCAAAAUAUUUUGAAGGACAAUAUAUUGGAUAUUUUUCUUUAAAUGAUCAAUCAGAGUAUUUUCAUUACUCGAAACUUGAAAUAGAUAAAGAACGGUUAGAUUAUUUACUAUUUUUAAUAGUUGUUGACGAUCCAAAUUUUAAUGCUUCCAUGGUAAGCGUUUCUGUCCCACCGCCUUACACAGUUAUUUUUGAUUCAGAAAAUGAUCCUAUUAAGUUAUCAGAUGGUACAAUAGAUCUUUCAUUAUUUGUAAAUUAUUCUCAUGCAUCAAGUUUUGAAAAAGACUUGUUAUAUAGUAGUAUAUUUAUAUUUCCAGAUAAAAUG